AUGCGAUUAUUGCGUCGUGAUUGCGGCGCAACUGCGAUUUUUUUACCGCAAUUGUGCGCAAUCACAAACAUGGGUAUUAACAGUAUAAGAAGAGAUGAUAAUAUCCCAUCAGAAUCUAAAACUUUCAAGCUGAUAUAUGGUCCUGUUAUGGCGUGUACUGUCCGGCUAAUCAUUCAAAUGACUUGGCUACAUGGAGGUCAAUUAGAUAGAUAA